AUGUCGGAUCAGCGAGACAAUAUCAUUUCCGCAUCACAUGGGUUCCUGGGCGACAUGAGCUCUGCGUUGAUAACGCACAUGGGCCUUACAGACAAGACGAGCCGACCGGUGGCCUUCUUCGACAAUGCUUGCGGCAGCGGUGUCUUGACCCAGGAGAUUCAGAAAAGUCUACCCAAAGGCGUACUAGAAGAAAGCUCUUUUCUCUGCGCAGAUUUGGCGCAAAACAUGGUGGAUCUAGCGAAAGAGAGAGUGGUAAACGAGGGCUGGCUCAACACGGAAGUGAGGCUUCUUGACGCAACGAAAACGGGUCUACCCGCCGACUCCUUUACUCAUAUUGGGCUCAGUAUGGCCCUAAACAUCAUCCCGGAUCCUGAUGCAGUUCUAGCUGAUUGUAAGCGGAUUUUGAAGCCGGGAGGUAUGCUCGGUGCGACCUUGCCGCACCCCGACGGCGUCUUUUGGACGGCGGACAUGCGCUCCGCAUUCCGCUCGUUUCCCUUUUCCGCUCCGUUUCCAGAAAAAUUACCCACACAGAUGCAUGAUCAAGGAAACUGGUCGGACCAGGAGUGGGUUAUAAGUCACCUUCAAGAUCAAGGCUUUGAAAAUGUCAAUAUGAAGACAGCGACUGGCAAGUAUUAUGUGAAAAGUGCCGAACACUAUUCCAAUACAUUUGGAAUAAUGCUAGGGUGGUUUUUGACCCAAUGGUGGGACAAAGAGACGAGAGAGGCCCAUCCCGUGGAAGAGGUCAGGGAACUGAUUAAGAAGCACUUGAGAGAGAAAUACCAGGGUGAGGGCUGGGAGAUCGAAUGGAUGCUUCUUUGUGUGGCUAGCAGCACCCCAUCUACUGCGGACUGA